AUGAAGAUCUCUGCCGUUGCUGUAGUGCUAGCUGCUGUGGCCGGCAUCAGCGCCGCGCCGAUGCCAAACGGGCAAGUCUCGCCAACUCCGCUGUCAACAAUUUCACACCCAUGCAGAGAACCAGUGGAAGCGCUGGAAGCACGCGCAUCUGAUGCCAUCAGCAGCUUCAUGAGCUUCUUCCGGCGCGACGACGGCAUCGUCACCAAGAGUGAACUUGUAGGACCGCGGAAGAAAGUUACUGUCAGGACGGUGGGCAGGACAUUCUCGUUUCCUAGGUGA